UCCAGCUGACGUCGAAACAAAAUAGUGAAACGUCAGACUUUAAAAGCAUCUGACGUUUCAUCAAAAAAUCAAAAUUUAAAAUGUUUUAUUUGUAAUAAAAUUCACAAAAAACCUAUUAAAAAAAUGGUAAUACCCUAGUAAACUAAGCAUACUUAUCUUUAUCUGGAAGCAGAUACACUAUUGGUGCAAAAUGGCAAGUUGUUGUACAUGUUCCGGUGGAUCCAGCGGCGCACAGUCGAGCUUGCCCCUGAUAUGUCUCGUACCGCGCGACGCGGCGGCCGCGGGCAAGGCCGGGCCCGGGCCCGCGGGCAAACCGCGCCCGAUCUCCGCGGGGACGGCCCAAAGCGACUUCCAGCUGCUCGACGAGGCUUACAUCAAGAAGCACUUCAAGCUGCCGCAGCGCUCGCUGUACUUGGACCCAUUCAGACGCCCCCUCAUCACGUUCCCCAUGACACAAGAAGACGUGAAGCACUUCAACUUGGCCCGCAAGUACAAAAUCAACCAGCAGAUACUGGACGGUUUCCUGGACCCGAGCGAGGCGAUAUCUGCUCCUAGCGUCUUUCCGUAUGCAAAGACAGAAGCAGAAAAACGAAAAGAAGCAGAUGACGAUGAAGAAAUCAUUUACAUUCUACAGCUUCCAGACUGGGAGUUCCAGUGUCCAGUGCACAAUCAAACUAUCAGAACUCCAAGAUUUAUAUGGCAUUCGUGCAAGAAAGACAAAAAAGGAAAGAAGGGAGAGUUGAAGCAAGGUGGAGGACCAUUGAACAAGCCAAAGCCCUGGCUCCUCAGCAGGCAUACAGACUUCGACUUGCUAUCACAGUGGUAGUGUGCAAUUAAAAUGUUUCGGUUCAAAUCAGAUGAUAAGCAUUAUAGAGUCCAUAGUGAAAAAUAAAUAUCAUGAAUCCUAA